GAUGGCGGGAGUUUCCAGAAAAGAAAAAGAACUCGCUCACAUGUUUAUUCUGCGCUGCAGGCUGUUUCCUGCCCGCUGCUGGAGCACCUGCAACCUCCAGGAGGCCGGCCGCAUGCUGCAGCUGCUGUGCACGCCCUCAGAGAUCCGCACUGAGAUCCUGACGUGGAUCUGCAGCAGGAUCAAACCAGACUUUGCCACAUCCAUGAAGGGGGCAGCAGCAGGCCCAGACCCUGAUGCUGUGAUGAGAGAAAUGGCCUUGGUAGGACAGGAGCUGAUGCUGUGCAGAGCAAAUGACCUCAACCUGAUCAAGGGUGAGGCCACACCUCUGCGACAGCUGCUGUUCCUGCAGCAGCUCCUCACCGUGGUCCAGGACUUCGAGCAGGUGGAGUAUGGAGAGGAUUCAGACGCUGACGGGCCUCACCAUAUAGAAGAAAAGGAGGAGGUGCAGGAUCAAUGGGACUUCGUGGAGAAUCUCCUUCAAAGCCAGAACCUGCCUCUCCUCUCUCGGAUGCGCCAGGCUGAACUCCCUCCCUGGCCCGCGGACGUCCAGAGGAUCUGCGAUGAGCUGAAGCGCCGCGACCUGCCGGCUGCAGCGCAGGCAGCUGGAGUGGAGGCCGUCCUGCAGGACACCCGGGCGGAGCUGGAGAAGCUGCAGUCACAGUGUGACUUCCUGAGCGAGGCGGCGCAGACCGCCACCGCCUUCCUGCCCCGCUCGCUGCGCGUGGCGGCGUGCGUCCAGCAGCUGAUGACCGCCUUCAGCCACGUGUACGAGUCGGACCUGAAGGAUCACUGCGGCAGAGAGCCGCCCGGCGUCGGCGCCGACUGCCACGUCUUCCAGAGAGUGCAGCAGCUGCUGCUCGCCUGCAACACGGAGCUGGAAAUACUGAAGGAAUUGCCUGAAGCUUCUGCAUCUGUGUCAAAAGAAGCAAAUCGGCUCCAAACAGAACCUCAGUACUGGAGCGGAGGAGUGAAGCACGCAUUACCGGAACUGUUGGAGGAACUGAAGACACAAAUCUCGGACUACGUCUCUCUGUUGCAGUCCAGACAAUGACAACACACACACACACACACUCUGAGCUGUGGUGUUUUAUCCACUCAUGAGUGUGUGUUCAACUGUAUGACAUUCUCAUACUUCAUCCAUUUUUUGUUCAUAUUGUACAUAUCUUAUCUGAAUAAAUGUCUUUGUUACAAGCUGCAGUUUAAAACAUUCACUGACUUUUUCUUUCUCCACAG